AAACAAAAUCAAAACAAUAACAAAACUUUAAAUUUAAGAAAUAUAUUUUUUCCCAUUAUUUUUGAAAUGGUCAAGCGGUGUUGUGCCAAAAGCUGCUAUAACUCACAAUUUACUCACAAAAUUGGGUACUUUGGAUUUCCCAAAAAUGAGAUAGUUGCUCGAGAAUGGGCCCGUCUAGCAGGUCGUGAUGAUCUAGUCGAGAAGAAAAUUGAUACACUCAUAAAAUAUUAUCUAUGCAGUGAUCAUUUUACUCAAAGUGAUUUUGCAAAUCCAGAGAUAGAAGACAAGUCCUUCCUGACACUCAAUCGAACGCAAAAUUUCGUCCCACUUCCUUCAAAAUUUGAAAAUAAUUUACAACAAAAUGUUGAAGUUGUAGUAAAAAAUGCAGAAAAAUUUAUGAAAAUUCCAAAGAAAAUUUUCGAUCGAAAAACGACGAAACCAAUUAAAAGAAAAUUUAGUGAAAAAUUGCAAAAAGUUGAAAUUUUCAGAACUGAAAUUUUGGAAACUGAUAUUGAGAUUCAAAGAAUUGAGGAAUAUCCAACAGAAAUAGAAUAUAUUGAAGAGAUCAUCCUCGUCUGUCGACUUUGUACAAAACCCGAAUGUGAAUUGUUGUCAAUAUUUAAUGAAAAUGGAGAACUCUCGACUGAAACUGAAUGCUUUAAACUCAUGCCUGCCACAGUCAUUCAAUUUAAUGAUGGACUUCCGCAACAUGUCUGUUUUAAUUGUUUGGAAAAAUUACAAUCUUGUGCAAAUAUUAUCGAUGGAUUUGUGAUGAAUCAAAAUGUUUUUGGAAGCUGAAAUAAAAAGGUAACGGGAAGUUAAGUUCGUAGCAAGAUUUGUGACUUAUUCAGCAAUCUUUGUUUUAUUUAUAAGACGGCAAAGAUUAAGUUUUUAAUUAAAAAAAAAAAAAGACGAUUGUGAAAUUUGACUUCGUGUGUUAAAAGGUCUCUGACUCCAUUUUGGAAUAGGUUGUAAUGAGUUGAUCCAGAAAUCAAAUGCCUUGAGACCCAAAUCCAGAAUUCAGCAAAAAUGUUUUUGAGUUUAAAUUUACGUUGACUAAGUUCAAUAAAACAACCUAAUUUGAAUAUUGCUACUUUUUUGUAUUUUUUUUUUUUUUGAUUAGCUGAAGUCACUUUGUGGCGGAAUGGUUCAGUGCUUUGGAACUUAGUUAAUGCAAAGCCAACACAGCGAUCAUGGGUUCGAGAC